CCGCGAACAGGCUUCAAAGGCUACAAAGAAAUAUGGACUUUUUUUUUGCUUUUUCCUUGUUGUGAGCAAGAUGACCGAUAUUAGAUGUGCACAUUGUGAAAAAAGUCUACGAACAAAAUAUGAACGUGACAAGCACACUAUGGACGAACAUGUGUCUCGUAUACUUGUCGGUUUUCCUUGUCCUGGCGGUGCCUCGCUGUUGAAGAAUGCAAAGCAAUUUUCGAAAAACCUUUCUAAGCAACACCAUCUUAAAAUGUAACCUUAUUAUUGAUUCCAAUUCGUCGCGUUCCACUGUUCAAGAAUCACCUAUACCCAGCACCUGUACUUCGUCGGACAGCAUCCCAUAUUCCGUGACCGACACGGAUACUGAUACACCAUAUGAUCAGAAUAACCCCACUAACACCGUGGCAGUUUCUGUUUCGUCAUUUGAAUUUCAACCAUGAGCUGCUAAUGACCGCCUCGUGUUUAUGGGCACGGACAUUUCCGAGCACUCACAAUUUUCAGCUUGCGGUCAAAGCAAAUAUCGAUCAAGGCCCAAUGAAUUUGACGUUGAAAGAAAAUGUACAACACAUAUUAGCAUUAUCAAGUAUCCUGCUUCUGAAACCCUGUCGAACUCAUGAGGAUCAUGAGUUCAUUGACUUGCACACAUGUGAGCGGUUACAGGCUCAUAUAGUAACAACCGAUUUCAACACACGUCACCUUAAUUUUCCUCAACGAGAUCAAAUAUUCGGUGGAGAAUAUUGUAAAACGAAUAGUUGCCUCGGAGUCCUUGGUAAAAUGCAUGCUCCCAAAAUGACUGGUCAACGAACUCGUUGACUGCAUUAGGAUUUGCCGGAUUACCAUGGGCCAUACACUCGUAUGUAUGCCUCUCUGGAGAUCAUGAAACUGGUGGAAGGCGCUAUCUCGACCCCGAUCAACCGAAUUUUAUUCGUAAUCAAAAGCAUGUUCGUUUCGGACAACUAGGUCUGGAGGGAGAGUGAGAGAGACAAUUACUAAUUCACCAUUAACAAGCCGUACACCCGUUGUGCAAUGGAUGCCACCUGCUACUGGACGUCGCCCUCUUACAUUGAUAGACAUUUGUCAGACAAAAGCCUAACGCAAUACGGC